AGAAAUUUGAACAUUGUUGUGAUACCUAAACUAAUCAUAUCAUCCAAAAAAUAUGUUUAAAAACCCUUAAAGUGUUCUCACAAAAAAUUUCUGUGUAUUAAUUUUUUAAAAAAAAUAAUUCUUUCUCUCGACAAUAAAAAAAAUUAUCAGAAUUUUUGAUUAUAUAUCUCGAUGAAUUAAAAUCUUGAUAUUUUUGACGGAAGUGUGAUAUAGAAUGCAACGGUGUCCUUACAUACACGAAAUGAAGGAGCGCUUGCUUGGACAACCAACAGAACAACAAAUGGUCAUGGAACCAUUAACGAAACAUAUCCAGGAUACACCACCUACGAGAUCGCCAGUACAUCGAGAUCCACCGAUCGGUACUGUUGUGAGGUUAAAUGCAGAUGGAUAUGGGUCGCACACUUCGCCAACACAUCAAUGUACACCACUGGUGCCUCAUGAAUCUGAAGAUGACUUUUAUUAUACUGAUUAUACACGCACAGGACCAAAAAACGCAAAGACUUCUUUAUUCAUAGUCAUGAGUUUUAUAUAUGCAAAAUUACUAGUCGUUAUUUGUAUAGCAUACGUCAUAUCAGAUGGUAUAACACAUAAUUUACCAUUAUAUUACUAUGAAGGAUUCUUUACAUAUUUAUAUGGUAUGAGUAUAUUUUUUUUACUCUACGUAUUCUGUUUCUUAUUACCGGACUUUGGAUGUUGUUAUGUUGAUACCGAGAAAAAACCACCCAAAGAGAAAAAAAUAAAACCAACAAAAGAAGAAAAGAAGAAAAAAGAGAAAGAGGAAAAGGAAAAUAAAAAGAAAGAGGCCAAAGAAGCCAAAGAUAAAAAAGAUGGUAAAAGUAAAGGUGAAAAAGAUCAGAAAGAUCAAAAAGAGAAGGAAAAAAAUAAGGAUAAAGAAAAUGAGAAAAAGAAGAAACAUCAAUUUCAGAAACAAAAAAACACGUAUCGUCCUAAUACUGAAUUUAUUGUUGAUUCUAAUUUAAAUACCGCAUCAACAACCACCGCGGUUGGCAGCAAUGAAAUAGUUAGUAGUUCAAUUGUUGAUCAUAGUACAAUUGCUGUUGUUAGUAACAAUAGUAAUGAUAAUGAUAUUGUUCAUAUUGAUAAUGACAAUGAUCAUGGUGAUGAUGAACAUGAUUCAGCUAUUCGUGUUAUUAUACGCUCACAGGAUAAUGUUGAUUUGGAAGCGGCCGUUGUUACAAGUCGUCCAAUGCGAAAACGAAAACCAACGCAACAUGACAACUCACAUGGCAGUUUCUUCCUUAGAAUUGGUGCAAUUGCAUUCGGUUUGGGUACGAUGAUCUACAAUGGUUUGGAAUUAGGAACUGAAUUUGAAGUGCCAAUGACAUCACCGUGCUAUGAAAUUUUACGUGUAGUCAAUCCAAUCUUACAGAUGCUGUUUACAUUUAUGCAAAUGUAUUUUAUAUUUUUAAAUUCACGGGUAAAUAUUUUGCGGUUCAAAGUAAUAGCAAGAUUUGGAUUGAUGCAUAUAUGUGCAACAAAUUUAUGUGUAUGGAUUCGUACCCUAGUUUUGGAAUACUUAAAGGAAAUCACUACGUAUCAUCAAAAACAUCCACCAAAUCCAAAUGAUGGAUUAUUUGCAGAAAGCAUACGCCAGCAUACCUUGUUAAAUGCUGGUAAAAUUUUGGGAAUAGAGCGAGGUGGAUAUGCAACAUAUGAAGCUGCCCAUCCACUUUUAUCAUCUUCAUCAUUACCAACAUCAACGGUUUCGUCAACUACGUCGUUAGCACGUACUUUACGUUCAACAGCAAGGUCUAUUGCAUCAUACGCUGCUCGAUCAUACACCACUUCUACAACAACUACGACAACCACUACACUUGCACCUCCAACAACUCCUUCAACACCUUCAACAACCGAAUUUCGAUCGACGGCUACACCAUUCAACUUACGUUCGUUGUUUAGUAGCACAACUUUCACACCAUCAAUAACAACCCCUUCUACAGCAAUUCCAACAACACCAAGUACAAUUUUACCUACAACUCCAUCGACAAGAUUUCCGUUUACAACACCCACAACUACAUUGGCUCCAACGACAACUGAAUGGGCACCGGCUGUCGAAACAACAAUUGGAAAUUAUUUCGAUAGUGUUUACAACAGUUUUCAAUCAAAAAUACCUGAAGUUUGGAAGCCACAAAAUGAAUCGACAAAUUACUUUAAUGAUUUGAUACCAGCUGCUUUGAUAAGUAAUUCAAAUGAAACCAGUGUAGUGUCAGUAAUGACACCAAUUGUUCAGAAUUGUAACCGAACAAACAUUAUGGGAAAUUUUGUACAAGAUUCGACACCUUAUUUAUAUCCAUUUAUUAUUGAAUAUUCAUUGAUUGGAGCAGCGGUUAUCUACGUAAUGUGGAAAAAUAUUGGACGAAAUCCACGAUAUGUGAGUGAAGAAGAUUUGGAACACCGUUUAGAAGUAAUGCUUUCACGACGUGCAGUAGCCAUGGCACAUGCUCAACAUGGUCGUGUAGACUGUGUCGGUGCAUCCAAAGGAUUAUUCUUUGGACUUUUAUUAUUAGUUGGAUCACUUAUAUGUUUGAUAUUAUUCUUUGUAUUAAUACAUCAUCCGGAACUUGGACUGUUGGCAAUCUAUUUAGCAGAUGUUUCACAUUGCGCGUUGAUGGGUUUGAGUAUAAUUGCCAUAAUUAUUGGUUUUAUAAGGGCUACCAAGUUGAGGUCCGUCUACGCUUACAGGGUGCAACAUUUGAAAUUCCGUUCGGAGGAACAAAGUGAUUUAAAUGACAUAUUGCUACGUGUAUCAGCAUUUGGAUUAUUUACGUAUGCUGUGUUUAGUGUCAUUGCUGGCUCAUUAAAUGCACUUACAAGUGAACCAAAUUUGUUGGUGAUGGUUACGGGAGUAUUGUCAAUUGUUCAGGUGAUACUACAACUCUUAUUUGUGGCUGAUGUCGCCCGUAGACGGGUACACUUACCUGAACAUGACCGUUCUAAACCUGGACGACAAAUUGUCACCUUUUUGCUGAUAUGCAACGUUACUAUGUGGAUUAUUUAUACAUUUGAAAUGCAAAAAGUUGAAGCAAAUCCAGUACAAUUGGACUUUUAUGGAUUUGCAACUUGGGCCAUAAUACAACGUAUUACCCUUCCAUUAUGUAUAUUCCAUCGAUUCCACUCAGCAGUAACGCUUGCAGAAAUUUGGAAAACCAGCUACAAAGCACGUUUGGAGUAAAUUUCAUAGAGAAUUUUUGCAAUAAAUAUUUGCAAAUUCAAAGACAAAAAUUUU